GGCUAUGGUACUUCCCACCCCACCCCCCAGUUCGGGCAGGUUUCGGAAGAAUACACAUGAACAAUGUGAACUGCUCUGGCACAGAAUACAGAGUAACAGACUGUCGCAGUGACGACUACGUGCGGAAUCACUACGAUGACUGGAGUAUUACCUGCAAAAAUGAUGAGCCUGAGGAUGGGGAAGUGAAGCUGUUUUACGACAAGCUCAACGCAGAUUUCCACAGAGGUGUACUGCAAGUGUGGAUAAACGGUCGCUGGGGAACUGUGUCUAACAACUCGUGGACAACGGAAAAUUCAAAGGCUGUAUGCAACCAACUUGGAAGGAAGGGCGUUUCAACCAACUCACACAACAAUCGUCACUAUGAGCACUCUCAGUUCCGUAAUGUCCAUGGAAACAUCUCAACUGUCAUGAGCAAUGUCCACUGUGCUGGGUCUGAGGCGAGACUGAUGGACUGUCACCACGUCCCUGGAGGAAAUGGACCUCCUGCGGCCCUAGAAUGCUCUUCAAGCCCCAUGUGCAGGCAUGGUGAAACAAGACUCACUGGUGGUAGGACGGAGUACGAAGGGAGAGUGGAAAUGUGCAACUCUCGCUCCCAAUGGGGCACUGUGUGCAACCAACAGUGGACCGAUGCACACUCUAAAGUCGUGUGCAGUUCUCUUGGCCAUAGCGACGAGGAAGGGUCCUACCAGACAUCGCACACAUAUGAUAAUACUGAUGUGCAACCACGUACGACUCCAACCGCUGUGGAUUACAUCAAGUGUCUCGGUUCCGAGCACUCGCUGGGUGAUUGCGUCCACUUCAGUCACAGCUUUUCCAACUGCAGUCAUGAGCACAGUGUUGGAGUCAGAUGUCAACCCACAAACUGUGAUGAUGGUGAUAUAAAACUUCACAUGGGUUCUCACGAGAGAGAAGGCUAUGUUUUGGCGUGUAUGAACAAGAGAUGGGGUCCCGUGUGUAGCAGCAACAACCAAGAGGCGCAUAUGAACACUAUAUGUACUCAGUUAGGACAUUCCAAGGGUUCCUACCGCUAUGACUAUGGACAAAAUGUGAAGAUGCCAGCACACAACCUUACACUACAAUGCUCUGGUCACGAGUCUCGCAUAUCUGACUGUAGAAAUGACCACAAAUAUCAACCAACAUGCCAGCAGAAUCUCAAUGUUGCAUGCAUGCCAGCGAAUUGUACUGAUGGGCAAGUGAGACUGGUGGAUGGAGCCACGGAUGUGGAGGGGAGGGUUGAGAUUUGCUUCAGUAGGAGAUGGGGGACCAUCAGUGGUGAUGGAUGGACUCAGACAGAGUCCACUGUCGUCUGUAAUGACCUCGGAUAUGAGGCCACUGGCAGAGAUAUUGAUGUGAGAUCAGCAACAAACUCAAUGCCAGUGUAUCUACAAGGUGUCAGAUGUGGUGGUCGUGAACUGAGUAUCUUGGAGUGUGGCUUCAGAAAACAUCUCGCCAAGAACAUACAUGGCAGAGAUGUUGCAGUUCAAUGCAAGAAGUCUGAAUGUGAUGAUGGUGACCUGAGACUGGUGGGAGGAGACUCGGAGAAUGAUGGACUAUUGCAGGUGUGCUUCAGUGGGAGAUGGGGAACCGUCAAUGGAGAUGGUUGGACAGCCAUGGACUCUCAAGUUACCUGCAAACAGCUGGGCUUCAACAUUGCUGGCAAGCAUUCAACUGCAGCAGCCAUAAACUCCCUCUCCACUCCAAUAUACAUGGACAACGUUGGCUGCUAUGGAACUGAAACCAGACUCACCGACUGUGCCUAUCACAGAGACACCAGUGAAGAUCGUCACUCCGGAGAUGUCUGGAUUGACUGCCGUGGCAGCAGUGGUGAACACCAUGAAAGCAGUACUGAGUCCAAAAGCACCCAUGCAAUCACUACUGCUAUUGCUGUGGUGGCCUUGAUAGGCUUCGUUCUUCUUUUGAUCGCUGUUACUGUCUACAUUCUCUGCACCAAAAAUCGCUUCAUUCAAAAGAAGAUAAGAGCUUGCAAUCAUAAAACACCUCAAGACAAGGAAGAGAUAGUAGGAGAUGAGCCACAGGAAUAUGAGGAUCCAAAGAGCAUCAAGUUGGCCUCAGGGGGAGGAGAUUCCCGCUAUUCCCCCAAUCCUUCCACAAUUUACGAGUCCAUGACCACACUGGAUAGCAGUGUAAAGAAUGACGGAAGCAGUUGUGGUCCGCAAGAGAGCUAAGACUCUCCCUCUAGCAGUGCCGUCUACUGGCAUGAGUACUGUGAACUUUACUAAUGAAAAUUUGAUGUGUAUGAAAAAACUCAUGGUAGAAAUAGGUAACUGAAU